AUCUCCUCUAUAUCGCGGGAAAUAAGUUGGGAGAGUGCAUGAGUUUUGUGCCGCAAAUAGUCCGAUUUUCGGAAAAGUUCUUACGGGCAAAUUGUCGGCGCGGUCGAUGGACAUUCGCACGGAUUUUCGCGUUUUCUGUGGCCUUUUCCCCGCCAUCGCACGCUUACUGAGGAGAAUCUCCAGGACGUUUCCGAAAAGGGAAAAGAUGGCACAGGAAACCUUCCUUGGAACAUGAUAGCAUUCAACUUGCGCAAACCAAAGUACAACCGAGUGAAAUUCAAGCUCGCAACUCCCUGCCUUACAUCGAAACCAUUCCGAGCAAUAAGCCAGACUAAGAAGCGACCAUGUCUAAACGACUGAUCCUCAUCAUCGACCUGGACACGAUAAUCGCGUUCUUCGACGACGGGCCGCAUCCGUUCAAGCUAUGAUAGCGACCAGAUCCUCACUGCUCCUCACUUCCCCCGUCACCCGAUAAAAUGUCCAGUUCGAAAAAAAUCGUCUUAAUCCUGGCAGUACUUUGUGUCCGAGUCAGCACGGUGGAAGAGAUCCGAUUCGCACGCGGCAUGAAAGGCCCUUUGCAUGGCAGAGCGUAUUUUGCCAUUGCGGUGCCCUCCUCCGGCCAGAGCUUCAGUCGAGCGUUCAACAAGACCCUCACGAACAUUACUCAGAACCAUUUCUUCGGCUCGGUCGACCGAACUCACUACAACAUCAGCUUGGAGCCGAUGGUCAUCGAACUGCCGGACAAUGGCACCUUCAGCGCCGCCUUCUUGCAGCACGUUUGCGACAUGUUCGAGGGCAAACACAUCGUGGCUGUUUUGGUCAUCGGAUCCACUCCUGCAGCCUUUACAGUCAGUUUGACUGCUCGACAUGUGGGCAUUCCGGUUCUGUGGGCUCAGGGCCACACGGAGUUUUUGCCUGGCUUUCGAAGUCUGAGAACUGAAGCUCGAGUGUACAGAAGCCCUGUCGGGGAAAAAACGAUUACAAGAAAUUGGCGUUGACAAACUGGACAAAUCAUUAGUUGCGAAUUUCGAAGUACUUAAUCUAGUUGCUGAACGUAGCAUAAACAAUAGCACAACAGAUCAAAUAGUGCCGCCCACAAAUGCCCUGAAGUGGAAGCGAGUCGGCAUAGUGUCAGGGCGAAACGUUCGUCUCGAUACGAUUAUUUGGCCAGGAGGCGAUCUGUCUGUGGCGGCUGUCUCAAUUAGAGCCAGAACGGUGUUCCGAGUUGUAACCGCUCUCGCUCCUCCAUUCGUUAUGGCCAGUGAGCUGGACGAGGACAAACAAUGCCUUAGGGGUCUGCCAUGCCACAGAGUCCUGACUUCGGACAAGGAUAACUUGACCCUAGUCUUCAACGAAAUGCAACGACUGGAAGUUGAAGAGGAGGAGGAGGAGGAGAAGAAGGAAGCAGAGAAUGCAGAGUACGAGGACUAUUCGCGCUACGCGCACGAGGAUGAGGAGGAGGACUUUUUCCCCUUCCAAAAGUUCAAGUACAAAACCAGCUGCUGUUAUGGACUGUCGAUGGACUUGCUGGAAAACAUCGCUCAAGAGCUGGAGUUUGAUUUCCGGUUGUACAUCGUGGCGGACGGGAUGUUCGGCUCCAGAAUGCCGAUGGCGAGGGCCAAUCGGGACAGGCGGGACGUGAACAAAAAAUUCCUCAGCUAUCGAUUCAAAGGAGAGUUGAUGAAAAGCAAGCGCCUAAAGGAGGAGGCCUACGAUGCCAACGCCAAGUGGAACGGGAUAGUUGGGGAUCUCGUGAGCGGCGCCGCUCACAUGUCCUUUGCAGCCUUGAGCGUGUCCAGCGCCCGAUCGGAAGUGAUCGACUUUAGUGUCCCAUAUUUCUUCAGCGGGGUCUCUUUUUUAGCCUCCCCGCAACAGAAGUCCGAAAUCCCUCUUCUAGCUUUCCUAUUGCCUUUCAGCUUCCAGCUUUGGCUAGCGAUUUUGAUCAUUGUUGAGCCAGAAGGUGGGGGCCCCAAAGUCUUCAGCCGCUGAAUACUACGUGCAAAAGGCCAACCGCCUACUAUGGGAGCACAUGAGCAAAUAUGCGCUAAAAGACACCGCAGAAGGCGUGGACAUGCUAAGGAAUGGUUCCCUGGACAUUCUGAUAGCAGACACGCCCAUCUUGGACUAUUAUCGCGCAACUGACCAUGGAUGCAAAUUGCAAAAAUUCGGCGACACCAUCAAUGAGGACACCUACGCGAUUGGAAUGGCCAAAGGAUUUCCUUUAAAGGACAGUAUUUCGGCCGUAAUUGCGAAAUAUUCCUCAAACGGCUACAUGGACAUUCUGCAGGAGAAAUGGUACGGCGGACUUCCGUGCUUCAAGCUCGCCCAAGAAAUCGCUCAGCCCCGUCCUUUGGGCCUGUCCGCUGUUGCGGGGGUGUUCAUUCUAUUGGGAAUGGGAAUUGUGAUCGGAUUGGUCACUUUGCUCGUUGAGCAUUUGUUCUUCAAGUACGUUCUACCCAUUCUGCGCGACAAACCCAAGGAGAGCAUGUGGAGGAGCAGGAAUAUCAUGUUUUUCAGCCAGAAACUUUAUCGCUUUAUCAACUGUGUGGAACUGGUCUCGCCCCAUCAUGCCGCCCGAGAACUGGUUCACACUAUACGACAGGGACAAAUCACCAGUCUGUUCCAGAAGAGCAUUAAAAGGAAGGAACACGAACAACGUCGACGCAGGAAGAGCAAAGCGCAAUUCUUCGAAAUGAUCCAGGAAAUUCGUAGUAACCUUCGUAGGCAGCAGCAGCAGGAGGAGAAUCAGACGCAUUUGGAGUCCGUGACGGAAGUCGACUCGGAGUACAACUUGAGCCCCGAUGAAAAGAAGUCCAAGUUCAGCCCCAAUAUACUGAAAAGUCCACCUGAUAACAGCCCCAAAUCCGACGCCGAAGGAAAGAUGAGAUCCCCAACAGUUCUCUUCGGCAAGCAGCUGUUCAGCCCGCGCAGCAAAAAGGCGAAAAGCUCCAGCGCUCUGAAUGUCCGCAGGUUCAGCAGUGAUGGUGUUUUCAACUCGCAAACGCUGGUGACUGAAAGAAGCGCAAGCAUUGGAAGGAGGCUGAGCAAAGACGCCUCUGCGUUCUUGAGCAGCUCGCCCCCCGACAUCAACAGUCGAAGAUCCAGCUAUUUGGACAUUAUCAGCACCGGCAGCAAACUAUCAGGAAAAAGCCCGAUACUUUCAAUCGAGAACAUUUCGGACUGUGGCUCGACCAGAUCGGCCGAACCGAUGCGGAAACUUUCAGACUGCGAAAGUAUCGGCAAAAAACUGGCCACUUUGCCAAAGUAUCAGGGAUCGUUCGAUAAAACCAAACUGCAGCCGCAAUACAGUCUGAAUAUGGGCAGAAGCGACGAAACGUUGACGAGCAUGGAAAAAUCGCCAGUAGCGGCAGCGAAUAGUUUCGACAAAUUGGAUCAGAAGAGCAACUUUUCAGACGACGAAAUUGCUCGAAGAAAUCGGGAUACGAUUAGUCAGUUGCAGUUCCAGCUGAAGAAAACGGCGAAAAAACAGAGAAGCGUAGACGGAUCGAGAUCAGUGCUGAGCCCAAAUCCGCAAAUUCGCAUUCAAGUCGAGGACACUGAUCGUAUCGAACGUCCAAAACCCAAGAGAAAUCCUCCUUUGAAAGCCAGCAGGAAUAAACUCAGGCACCGAAGCUUGGGCGAUCCGACCCAAAGCCCCUCCUGCCAGCUUGAGCAGACGAGGAAGAGCAGAUUGCACGAACCUUCUAGAUCGCUAGACAGCGGCACGUCAUCCUCCUCCCAUUCUAGGCCCAGAUCUAGAUCUAGAUCCAGACAUCUGGAAGAGGACGACCUGCCGCCAGCGCCCCCUCCUCCGAAAUGUUCACCUCGGAACUCCGUUG